AUGAAUGUAAAUGAUAAAAACGCAUAUUUAAACGAAAGUUUUUGGGAAUCAUUAGAAAGAAAAUUAAAAAAACGAAUUCAUUUAGUUGUCUUUGACUUACUUUAAAAUCAAUCAUGUAGUUCAUUAUUAUAUUACGUUUUAAUAUUAAUAGAAACAUUAUAAUUAUUAUAUUAUAGUGUACAUCCAUUAGCAAAUUAAUAUUUAUGGAAUACAUCAUUUUUAUCAACUAUAUAAAUAAUGUUAUAAUAUUUCCAAUUUAACUACUUGCUUUUUAAAUCUCAAAAAAAUAUUGGAUUAACGUUAUUAUACAUAUCAUGUUCAAUAAGCAUAGUUUGUUUUAUUUUAUUUAUAGUCGCAAUGUAAAAGCUUAACAAUUAAUAGAAUAAAUCAUAAAUACUAAUUACAUAUAUGGUUAAGAUUUUAUCUAUAUUCGGUUUACUUAUAAAUACAAUAAUAGCUUUACCUAUGUUUAACGCAUUUAUAGUAUUCAUAAUUUGUAAAAGUGAUUUAGAUAUACAUAAGGAAGACGGAUGCUAUUCCGGAAUAUUUUUCGUUCAUUUUGCAUUUUCUAUAAUUUCUUUAAUUUAUUAUAUUGCUUUAAGCCUUAUUUUUAUUUUACUUUUUAUUGAUUUAAAUCCUUCUUCUUAAUUGCCUUUUGCUUCACCUUAAACAUAAAUGCCAAUAAUAAAAUUUUGUAUUAAAAUAAUUCUACCUUUAUAUGCUACUAUUGAUAGUAGUGGAUAAUUUGUUAAAUAGUUUAUAAUUAUAUUAUGCAUAAUUUAUCUAUUGUUAGUUUUCUCAAGAUACAGAACACUACCUUACUACAACAAAAAUGUUUAAAGGCUUGUAGUUUAUUGUGAAUGUCUAUUAUUUUGGGUUACAUUUUGUUCUACUUUAAUUAUAUAUACAGAUGCUGGUACAACAAAUAACAUAGGCUUAAUAUUUAUGAUUAUAUGUUUCCCUUUUAUUGCAAUGUUUAAUUAUUAAAUUCUUUAUAAUAGAAACUAUCUUCUUCUUAAAAAAAAUGUAAGUGACUUUAAAAAAGAUAUAGACGCGGAAAUGUAUAUAGUAAUAAUUAUUGAUUUAAUAUAACAUAUUGAAAUUACAGAAUAAAGAAUUUUAUUAGAAGGAAUUCUAAAAGUACAUAACAGAUAAUGUUAAAAAGAAAUAUGCUAUUGUAGAUUAUUGUUAAAUGACGAUACUAAAAAUGACGAAUCAGUUUUAUUAAUAAAAAAAUGGUAUGGAUUUAUUAAAUUCAUUAUUGAGGAUUCACUUUAGAUAUUUCAUAAAAGUACACGUUUACAUCUAUUACAUUCUUAUAUUUAACAUGAAAAACUAAAAAAUAGAUUCAAAGCAUUAUAUGAGCUAAUGAUUUGCAAUGAACUAAAACCUAAUAUGUAGGAAGAAUUUGCUUUAUAUAGAUUUAAUAUAUAAAUUGAAAAUGAAAUGAAAGAUUAUGAUGAAAGAAUAGGAGAUAAUAUUAAUGUUGAUGUUAAUAAAGUUGUUAUGUUUUAAAAAAAAUUUUUUGAAUUUUAAGCUUAUAUUAAUGAAAGUGUUUAAUUACAUCUAGAUUUCUGGAGAUAAUUAUUAGAAGAAAAUCCUGAAAUUUAAAAAAUAGAACAAAUGGGAUCGACAAUUACUACAACUGUUGAUAAUUUAUAAUCUUUAUACCUUGAAUUAAAAUUAAUUUACCCAAAUCAUAUAAAAAGUUAAGAAAUUUAUGGUAAUUUUCUUAAAGAUAUAGUAAAUGAUACUAUUGAGGCCGAAAAAAUAUUAGAUUCAGUAAAAUAUACUAGAAAUUCUUAUAGUAUGACCAGAACAUUUUAAGAUGCUGAUAAAUUAAAAUAUGGAGAAAAUUCUAAUGCUGCUAUUAUUACAGUUUCAGGAAAUUAUAAUCAAAUGGGAAUAGUUUAAAAUGUAAACAAUGAAUUAACUAGAAUUUUAGGUUGGUCAAAACAAGAUAUAUUAAAAUAAAAUAUAUCAAAAAUAAUGCCUAAAGUAUAUUCAGAAUUACAUGAUGCAUUUUUAAGCAGAUUUUUAGAAACCUCAGAAUCAAAAUUAUUAGGUAUGGAAAGGAUAGUAUUAGCAAUGAAAAAAAAUAAAUUCUUAGUACCAUGUACUAUAAUGAUAAAAAUACUUCCCAAUUUAGAUGAAGGUAUAACAAUAGUAGGUUUUUUGAAAGAUAUAUAAUCAAAUAAUAAUAUGAUUAAAAAUACAAUGAAUUAAACUGCUAAUGAAAAUUAUCAUUACUUAAUUUAUAGAACUGAUAAUCAUGUACUUUAGGGUAUUACUUAAUCUUGUUAUUAGUCUUUAGGUAUACCUGCAUCUCUUAUGUAUGGAAAUAGCUAAAAUAAUAUAGAAUUUACUAUAGUAAGAAUGAACUUAAUUGAGCACUAAGAAUUUGAUGAUAAAAAAUUAAACGUUGUUAAAUUUAUUGAAUUAGAUGACAGUGAUAUUCAUAUUAUGAAUAGUGGUGAAAAUUAAGGUAUAUAGACAUCUAAUAUAUAAAAUGAUCAUAAUUAAUAAUCUAAUUUUUCUUAAUAAUAAGUAAUAUAAUAAAGUGUCUCUCAUGAAUAAAAUGUCAAAUAAAAUGAACCUGAAAUAAUAACGGAAAGAGAGUCUAAUGUUUCAAAUGAGGAAGCUUAAAAUGAAGCACGAUAAAUAAAAGAAUUUAAGCAACUAAUUUCUGAAAAAUCAGUGCCUAAAAGAAUAAAAAUAUUAUAAGCUACUUUCAUUACUCUUUUAUUAGUUUUAUUAUCUAUUACAGGAACUGAAUUGAGUUAUAAAAAAUCUUAAACAACUAUAGUUAAAUAAGGCACCGAUUAAAUAUAUUAUAGUUAUAUGAGAUAAAAUAUUAUGGCAGAUGUAAAUUAUUAAACUAGAAAAAUUUGGGCUAUAGCAAAGUAAAAUAAAAAUAAAAAAUUAUUUCAUAUAUAUAUUAAUUUCAUUUAUUUAGUGAACUAACUUUAAGAAAUUCAGUUUGAAAUUAUAAAAAGAAAAGUUAAUUUAGAUUAAAAUAUAUAUAAUACUCUUGAAAAAUAAAUUUAUAAUAUAAAAUUUGAACUCUAAAAUGGUUAAUCGAAAGAAUAUGAAAAUACAUUCACAGAUGCUAUGAUAUAAUAUAUAACAGCCGCUUCAGCAUUAACAAACACGACCAUUUAAUAACUAAAAUAAUCAUAAACAUAAUAAUAAAAAGCAAAGUUUAUUGAUUCUACAUAAAAAAAUUUCUAUUAUAUUGUGUAAAAUGGGCUUUCAAUACUUAGGUAGGGUUCAGAAAAAUUAUCAAUUGAAAUUUAUUACUAUUAUUAUAAUAAAAUUAUUGGAUUAGAGACCAUAUUUAUAGUUUUAAUGGCUUUGGGCAUAUCGUUUGUAAUAUUAUCACAAUUCGUUUUAAUUCCUAUAAUAUUUUAAAUACAAAGUGCUAAUAUAAAAGUUCUUUCUUUAUUUGGGAUGAUUCAUAUUUCAGAAAUAAAAGAAUUAGCUAGUAAAUGUGAAGUUUUUACGGGCAUUUUUUUAGAAGAAUAAAAUCUUGCUUAAUCUAAAUAAAAAAUUAAUAACGUAUAAAAUUAAAAUACUUAUAAAACUGUAAUAGUAAAAAAUGAAGUGGAAAUAAAUAACGAAAAAUAAGAUGAAGAAAAUCAUGAUGUAAUUUUUAAAGAAAAAAACCUUACAAUUCCUAAUAAAAAUGAUAUAAAAAAUAAUAUAAAUAAUUCGACAUUAAAUAAUUAAAGUCAAUUAAAUUAAUCAACUAUACCUCAUUAAAGAUUGAAUUCAUCUAUGUAAAAUAAAAAAGAAGUUAAUAAAAAUAAUGAAGAAGAAGAAUACGAUAAUUUAAGUAAUAUAAAAAUUAUGUAAUUAAAAGAUGAUAAUAAAAAACAGUUAUUUUUUAAUUUUUAAUUCUUAUGUUUAUUUUUAUAGCUUAUUUCGUAGCUAUUUAUAUAAUUGAAUUAAGUUUUUAAAUAAUAUUAAAUUAAUAUAUUAUAAUUUAAAAAUAAAUAGUUAAAGAAAUAGCAUUUUAAAGUAUUUUUUAUAUUUUUAAUAUAUUGA